CGGUUCCUCCGGAAGAUGGCGAUAGUGACUCAACACGGACGUCGCAGCAGCGCGAGAAGAAACAACCGGAAGCGGCAGCGGCGAAAGCGGAAGUGCAAAAAUGGAGGCGGCCGUGUUCAUUUCAUCCCUCGUCGACUGCUGUGCUUUAAUAUUUCUCUCCGUGUAUUUCGUAUCCUUGAUAAACUAUCGAGCGGAGUGAAGAUGAGUGUAUUCCUCUGUUCUGUUCUUGUUACUUCCCUAACCCGGUCUCAGAUCAUCACUCUGUCUGAUCUGGAGUGUGAUUACAUCAAUGCUCGCUCCUGCUGCUCCAAACUCAACAAAUGGGUCGUUCCUGAGAUGAUCGCUCAGGCUCUGGCCACGCUCCUGAUGCUGGGCUCCAUGCACUGGUUUGUGUUCCUGCUCAACCUCCCCGUGGCAUCCUGGGAUGUUUACAGAUACGUGAAGGUUCCUGUGGGGAACAUGGGAGUGUACGAUCCCACAGAGAUUCACAACAGAGGCCAGCUCAAGUCCCACAUGAAGGAAGCCAUGAUCAAACUGGGCUUCCACCUCCUCUGCUUCUUCAUCUACCUGUACAGCAUGAUCCUGGCUCUCAUCAACGACUGACCCACAACUGUCUUCACAACACAAACUGCCAAAUCAUGAACUGGCCUUUACAUAUUGUGAAUAAACUCCAUGCAUCCCAAUCAGAAGAUCAGCCCAGCUCAUGUGCGGACCCCAAACCCCCCGCGCAGGCGUGUGUGUGCCCCUCACUGGGGUUUCUCAGGGCUGAAGCGUCAGUGAAUCACUCCACGUCCGUUUGACCAGCAGCUGUACACUAAACACGCUCCGUUUCUCCACUGGAUACACUGACCGUCACACAAUUCUGAGUUUUUUUCUUGCAAUUCUGAGAAAGAUUGGUGCGAUGUAAACUCUUGUUUAACAUUUUGAAAUAUGAGGAUUUUGAGAAUUGUGAGAUUCUGAACUUAACAAAUCAGAAUUGCAAAAAAAAAAAAAAAAAGUCUGAUUUCUUAGAAUUGUGAGAAACUGAUAUAAUUUUAUAAUUCUGAAAUUAUAUUUCAUAGUUACACUUUCUGCUCAGAAUCGCGAGAUUGCACCAGACAAUUGAGUUCGUAUUGUACAUUUCGAAUAUUGUUUUUCACGUACAGCAUUGAGAUAAAAAGCCUAAAAUGCAAAAAUUCCAAUUAUGUAAUUAAAAAAUAAAUACUAAACUUGCCAUUGCUGAAUGGCAAGAAAAAAAAAAAAGUCUAGUUUACAUCUAACAAUUGACUUUUUUUUUUCUUUCCCAGAAUUGCAAGAUACAAAGUCUGAAUUAUGAGAUAUAAACUAAGUUUGAUUUUUUUUUUAUCCCUUGGCAGAAACAAGCCUCUAUACAUUCACACACCAAAACCAAAAGAAAAAAUGUUUUACGUAAAGAUAACGAUGCCUAUUUAGGACCAAACCUUUUGCUAUAUAUCAUUAUUUUAAUGAAAAUUAAGCACAUUGUCAAUAAUGUAAGGUCUUUUUCUUCAUAAUUCUUAUUACACUCCAUGCUUGUUUUGUUUUGAAAUAGAAGUUAAAUGGGUACAACUAUUACUGUGAUGCACAUAUAUUACCAUUUACUUUUUUUUUCCUUUUUUUUACAGCAAUGAGAAACUGUUUUUUGUUGCAUUACAAUAAUAAUGACAAAUUUGAAUCAAAAUGUGCUUAACUGUCAUCUAAACGUCAAUGUAAGAAACAUUAUUUUUGUUUUAAUGAGCUGGACAUGUUCUUAAUAAGUUUCAUGAUUUUUUUUUUUCCUCAUCCACUUGCAUGUUUUUGUAAACUCUAUGUUGUCUGUGUAUGUGAACUCGUUUACAGAUGAAUGGCACGUGACUCAAAGGAGCUCUAGAAGAACCAGAACAAUGUGUUCAUCACAGCCUCUGAAUCACAUCUUCCUGCUAAUGACAUUUCAGUGGCUUGUUUUGAGCAGAUAUCAUUGAUUUUUGUGUCUCCUGCUUUAUAUGUUCAAGAAUGAGUCAGAGUUUUAUCAGAUAUUUGAUGAUGUUGAAUCAAAUAAAGAUAGUUAUAAAUAAAUAAAUGAUAGUUUGUUUAAAGAAACUGAAGGGAAUGUUUAGAACCAUUAAGAUGUUUUUUAAUGAAAAUUAAGCAAAUUUUGUUGCAGAAUUUUCAUUAGUGUGUCUCCGUUUUACUCUCGGUUUCUGUUUUAGUUGUCCAGAUUCAUCAAAUUUAAAUCAUAAAAAAUGUAUAUUUGCUGUGCUGCCUCUUGAUUUAAAAUCAAAGCUUAAUUGUCAAGGAGAUACUAUACAAAAAAUCUAAAUGGUCCUUAAAAACAGGUGUAAUUUUCUUUACACAAUAACUUUUCUCUGAUAUUGAAUUGUGGAUUCACCAGUGCUGAAGUUAAUGAAUGCUGGGUAAGCAGCUACACGUGAUCUUUGAGGAGUUUUAUCAGUCAGUGUUCUGCUUUGAAUAGCACUGUUCAACAGGUGUUCAUGUCGCUUGAUUUGGGAGGGUUUGGUUUGGUUUGUAAGCAUGUGAGAUCUGUCAUCGUUUUUUAGUUCUUUUGAAUAUUUGGGUUUAUGGGGAUUAUUAAAUAAAAGGAUUAUCAUGAAUA